AUGCUCCUCAAGCUGCCUCUCCUCGGUAUGGCGGCCGCGCUCGCCGCGCUCGCGCAAGCAAAGUCCGGCAAGACGUCGUGCCCCCCUCCGCCGCAGCACAACACGACGUGCUUCAACCCCGCCCCGGCACCACAGCUCAACGGGACGACGCAGCUGAACAACAUCGGCAUGGUGCUCUUCCGCGCGUUCGAGCUGAUCGACGUGUACGGCGUGCUCGAUCCCUUCCAGCAGCUCGCUCACACCAACAACAAGCUCAACCUGUACCUGAUCGCUGAGACGCUGGAACCAGUCACGACCGAGACCGUGGCAGCCGUGAUGAACCCAGCCAACUCGACCUUCUGGCCCAAGCUCACGCCGACGCACACGUUUGCCGACGACCUCGACCUCGACAUCCUCUUCGUGCCCGGCGGCCUGGGCACCAUGAACCCCAACGUCACCGCUGUGACCGACUACCUGCGCAAGAUGUACCCCAAGGUCAAGAUCUUCGCGACGGUCUGCACGGGCGCCGGGCUGGCGGCCAAAGCUGGCCUGCUGGAGGGCAAGGUGGCGACGACGAACAAGAGCGCGUGGCAGCGCACCAAGGCCAUGGGCAAGGCCAACUGGAUCUCGCCGGCGCGCUAUGUCGUCGACGGCAAGGUGUGGUCCAGCUCGGGCGUCACCGCCGCGCUCGACCUCACGUUCGCGUUGAUCGGCACGUACUGGGGUGUCGAGGCCGCCGCGGAUAUCGCAAAGGGCCUCGAGCAUAUCCCGGCAAAGCCGCUCGAGGACCCGUUCUCCAAGCUGUACAACAUCACCCCGACGGAGCCCCUGUGCCACUUUGCCAAGGACGUCAAGUGGCCACAACUGUAG